AUGUCAAGCAAUGUUCUGACCCGCGUGACGUAUCACGGUCGCGAGAGCUCCGCGGUGCUGUGUCCCUGGCAGGGCAUCAACGCCCAAGACGCCGCAGUGGCUGCCUACCGCAACGUGACACUCCUGCGCAGGGACCUGCCACCGCAGUGGCACGUCGCUGGUGUGCUGCGGCCAUCGGAGUCACAGUCACCGCUACGUGUGCCGGAGCGCUGUAGGCUCGAGCUCUUCGCCUGCACACCGAGCGGCCCCGACCUGUUGGAUCUGCAGAAGCGAUUGCGCUCGGCCUGCAUGGGCCCGUGCCACUCCACUGGCUGCAUGGUGUCCUUUGAUUACCAGCGACCCUACGUUGACAUGAUGGCCAACGAGGCGCUGGGGCAGUUUUUCCUCGAACAGGCACAGCGCACGGGCGUCGCCGGUAAGUGA